UUCUCGAAGCUGGUAAAGCUCAGGAACUCUCGAAGCAUUCGUUCGGCCGAGACUUCCAAGUCGGUCAGUUGGAGCAUCAAAAAAUGUGUUUCAACUCGUCCUCAAUCGUGGAGGUGGAUUCCGACUUGGAAGGGAAGAAGAAGGCUCUCGAACAUCCAAAGAGCUCGCCCGUUAGGAAUCAUUCGGGUCCCGACGGACCUGAGAGCAUCCGGAUGGCAGUCGUACUCGGCUUCAUGGCAUUCUUGGCAUCCGCCGGCUUCCGAUCAGCAGGAUUCCUCUACAUUGGAAUCAUGGACACAUAUGGAGUGACUCGACAAGAAGCCUCAUGGCCCCUGAGUCUCAUCGGUGCAUUGACGAAUCUUUCCGGAGUCAUCGCCGGACCGCUCGCUCAGAGAUUCUCGACCCGACCCGUGGUAAUUAUGGGAGCUAUAUGCGCAUCGUUAGGUAUGAUCCUCUCGUGCUCUGCGGCGACGGUACCGCAACUGACGCUCUCAUUGGGUGUGCUCUAUGGAUUUGGCAACGGGGUCCUUUUCAUAGUCAUCAACUCGACCUUGACGCAGUACUUCGACAAAUAUCGGGCCGUGGCUUUCGGAAUUGUUUACGCGGGCAGUACCAUGGCAUCGUUCGUGUUCCCGUCGCUCCUCCUCGUGCUGAAUUCACUCUAUCCUUUCAAGAGCGUGCUGCUCAUUUUUGGUGGAAUAAUUUUGAAUCUCUUCGCAUUGUCGCUCUACGUCAAGGAGCCAUCGUGGAUGAGGGAGCCGGGGUCGAAGACCAGCUCGCACAAGAAAAACUCUUUGAAGGCAUCGUUCACCAUCUUCAGGGAACCCAUAUUCUAUGUGUGUCUUCUCUCGAACAUUCUGUUCCAGUACGGCUUCGAUGCGUUCAUGACAACACUGGUCGACUUUGCGGUGGAUCGUGGGGCGACCCUCCAACAAGCCGUUAAUCUGCUCCCGUGGUUCUCGGUGGCUGAUUUCAUGUCGAGGAGCGUUUUCCCCUUUGCCGCAGACAAGGGCUACAUUCAGAGACCAACGCUCAUCAUGCUCUGCUAUUUCUUCACUGGUAUAUUUACCAUGUGCAUGCCCCUGUCUACGAAUUAUGUCGAACUGGUUGUUUUCGUCCUGCUGAUGGGAUCGUUCUGUGGCUGCGCGAACGUUGUCUUCUGCUGCGUUUUCGGGGAUUGCCUGGGAGUCAGUCGAAUGCCCCUAGCGUUCGGAGUACUCGGCACCGUUAAUGGCGGCUUCUACUUCACCAAACCCUUCUUCUUCGGACAUUUCCGAGAUGUGGUUCGAUCCUACGACGGAAUGUUCUGGAUCACCGGAGCGUUGUCGAUACUAGUGGGUCUCAUGUGGUUGAUGGUGAUCAUCAAGUGGCGGUUGGCAAAGAACGAUGCGAAACAAGUUCUGGAGGAAUCAAAAACGGCUAGCAUCAUCGUCAUGAGAGGGUGUUCGAACCCUUCGUUCUCUGUAGAACAAACGACGGACGAUGCAAAACCCGAGAAAGUCGUCCCGGACGAACGUCUGAGAAGGUUAGCGAGGCUGGUCCCUUCGCACUCGCUGACCAAAUAUUUUAGGCUCGACUCCAGUCCGCCAGAUAAGCUGAACAUGAGUGUCUCGCCGAUGGAGACAGUUGAAGAAAAGUGCCCUGAUUCACCGCGAGAAUCUUGUGCGGGGAGACUCUAUGCCAGAACGAUGAUGGAUUCCGGAAAACGACUCAAGCCUGGCCCUGAUGGCGCUGAAAGCAUCCGAAUGGCCGUAGUACUUGGCCCAAUGAUUUUCUUGGCUGCCGCGGGUUUCCGAUCCGCGGGCUAUCUGUAUGUUGGAAUCAUGGAAACUUACGGGGUCUCCCGACAAGAGGCUUCGUGGCCUCUCAGUCUCGUUGGUGUCUCGGGGAACCUCGCAGGUAUCAUCGCUGGACCCCUCGUACAGAAGUUUCCGGCUCAGCCGGUGGUGUUUUUCGGCGCGGCCUUCACGUCAUUCGGAGUGGUUCUCUCAUCUACGGCAUCCACCAUUCCCGAACUCUCCCUUUUCUUUGGGGCUUUCUAUGGAUUUGGUUUCGGAGUCCUCAUCACAUCAAUCAACGUAAUCCUGACGCAGUAUUUCGAUAGAUAUCGAGCCAUGGCGUUCGGUCUCGUCUACUCGGGCGGCACAACAGCAUCGUUCGUCUUCCCUCAUCUUCUGCUGGCCCUCAAGUCCUGUUAUGCUUUCAAGGGUUCACUCCUCCUUCUAGGUGGGAUCCUGCUCAACUUAUUCGCUCUGACCCUGCUCAUCAAGGAGCCGUCAUGGACGAAAUUGUCGACGUCGACAGUGAACAUACACAGCAAGGCUACUCUGACCGAGUCCUUCACCAUCUUCAGAGAACCCAUCUUUUACGUUUUCCUUGUAUCGAACGUUCUCUUCCAAUAUGGUUUCGACACCUUCAUGACGACGCUGGUGGACUUCGCUAUGGACAAGGGAGCAGCACUGCAAGAGGCCGUGAACCUCCUUCCAUGGUUCUCCGCGGGCGACUUGGUUGGCAGAGCCAUAUUACCCCUCGCGGCUGACAGGGGAUACAUUCAGAGACCGAAACUGAUCACCCUCUGUUUUUCUUUCACGGGAAUCUUCACCAUGUGCAUGCCGUUCGCCAGGAAUUAUUUCGAGCUCGUAGGAUUCGUUCUGCUCAUGGGAUCGUUUUGUGGGUGCGCGAACGUUGUCUUCGCCUGCGUUUUCGGCGAUACUCUCGGAGUGAGUCGGAUGCCUCUGGCGUUCGGCGUACUCAGCGCCGUGGAGGGAUGCUUCUUUCUCACAAAACCCUUCUUCAUCGGUGUGUUCCGAGAUACUGUCCAGUCAUACGAUGGCAUGUUCUAUGCUACGGGAGCCAUGUGCUUCCUCUGUGGUGUAAUGUGGUUGAUAGUACUGAUUCUGAAAGCUCGAUCAGACAAGGAGUCGGGUCAAGCCGUCACCGAAGAGUCGAGAGUUCCGAGCGCUGCCUCGGAACAAUUCUCAAACAGUCAGAACAUCGGUGGAGAGUAG